AGGAUACUGCAUGCGCAGUUUUCGGAUGGUACCUACCUGCCUAGUGACCUCAAGCCCAGCUGUGACAACUUGGCCUGAAAUUGCUCUACUACGUACCUAAAACACUUCGAUACCUCGGAGGGAUUCCUUAAAACCUCCCUAGUUGUCAUUAGUCUGUUCUGCGUGCCACAUCCACGAAUUCACCGUGGCUGAACCUCAUCGUCGUCAUCACCCUCUUUUGCCAAGGCAAAGGGCAUAGCCUUCCUGGGGCAGAUCUACUUACUCUCGUUUAUUUCUUAAUUGACCCCCAGGCCGCCCCAUUCAACUGUCCAUCUUCAUGAACCCUACCAGAGCCCUCAUCUGACCAGUUCCCGUAACCGAGAUCCGCCAUGUCCGACCUAUAUCUCUCACAUUUUAGAAACUGGAUCUUGAAGUCGCCACCGGGGGAGUGGAUGAUGAAAAGCGCCCGGGAGUUGCUCAUAGGUACUCUUAAGCAAGGGCCGAUACCCCAACAUGUCGCCUUCGAGAUGGACGGCAAUAGACGCUUCGCCAAACACCACCAUAUCGAAACUAUAGAAGGCCACCACCUCGGCUUCGAGGCCCUUGCGAGGGUGCUGGAGAUUUGUUACAAAUGCGGCGUCAAAGUUGUGACUGUGUACGCCUUCAGCAUUGAAAACUUCAACCGGCCGAGGCACGAGGUGAGCGGCUUGAUGGCGAUGGCCAAGGUCAAGCUGGAACAACUCGUCCAACAUGGCGAGCUGCUCGACCGGUAUGGUGCCGGAAUUCGGGUUCUCGGAGAGCGCGACUUGAUCCCAGAUGACGUGCUGCCUUACGUCGACCGAGCCAUCGAGAUGACCAAGGAUAACAAGGAAGCCGUGCUUAACAUAUGCUUCCCUUACACUUCGAGGGCCGAGAUGACUAGCGCUAUCAAGGCCACGGUCACCGAAUAUACAAAUCCGCCCCGGUUGCCAGCCACGCCCUUCUCGCAGACGCGCAUUACCCAGAAGAUACGAUCCAACAAGUCGAAAAAGUCGGACUCCUCUUCAUCCAAUGAUUCUUCGCCAGAUCGAAAUGACAGGUCGGAUAUUGACGAUUCCAUGUCUUCGACUACGGCGCUAGACCCCGACUCACCACCUCUACAAUCUACGCCGGCGAAGCCGAUCAAAUUCCAAAAUCCAGAGACCAUCACGGCCAAAACGAUCAACAGCCACACCUAUGCAGCCGACUGCCCGCCCCUGGAUAUUUUUAUCCGAACCAGUGGCGUCAUGAGGUUGAGCGACUUCAUGUUGUGGCAGUGUCACCAAGAUACCCACAUAUUUUUUCUGAAAUGCCUCUGGCCCGAGUUCGAUCUAUGGCACUUCGUGCCCAUGCUUCUGGAAUGGCAAUGGCGGCAAAAGAAGUUAACGGAGAAGGAAGGCUCACGCAGGUGAGACGGGGAGUAGGAUCGUGUGGUGUGUAGGAUAGACGGCUCAGUGUCGUGUUGCGUUCGAGCGAGUUGGCGAUGAAGCCGGCCACGAACCGGCGUUUGAUUUGAAAAUGCUAGCGCUAAUAGUAAAGGUAGACCACGGUUCUAUUUCGAAAGCACACACCCGGAGAAGGAUGGUGGGAGACAAAAGGAAUGGCUGUAGAAAUCGGCGCUUAUACGUGUCUACUUCUGUAUGACGAUUCGGAACAGGUGGUAGACGUAUCUGUGCGCAUCGCUACACGACGAAUCAAGGCAACGUACGACGCAGUAGGUAUCUACCUUGACCCUUCUAAUCCCAAGCAUGCCGUAGAAAAUCCCGAUACAAAUGCGUCUUCCCUACCGAGUUCAUACAAACUUGCACGGAGGGCUCCCUAGACCCGGCCCCGUAUCGAAUUAGGAUAGUUGCGCGGGCGUGGGCGUGGGCGUGGGCGUGGGCGUACGCCCGUCGGACGGCCUGCGGGUGACGAUGCGUGGAGGCUCACGAGACUUGAC